UCCCUCUGCUGCCACGUUAUGGUAAUAGAUUUCAACACUCAUCAGAAGAAUUGGUGUUGGCAGGCCGUUCUUGAUUUAUGGGCCCUUAUGGUUUUAUGGGCCUUUACUGGUGCGGGAUGGCCCAAUCUGAGUUGUACGAAAGUACUAACUGAGACCGAACCCACUUUCUUCACUGGCGUGCAAAUGCAAACGCAAAUGCAACAAACGCAGCACCAGGCCACGGCGGCUCCGUUCUCAACCUCCACUCCUCCUCCCUCCUCCGGUGGCUCCGCGUCCGAGGCACCGCCGAAGCAGGUGGCUCAAGCAAUGGACAAGCUCGGACAGGCCGGGCGAAUCAUUGCCGACAUCAGAAUUGGCGCCGACCGCCUCCUCGAAGCUCUCUUCGUCGCGGCGGCGCAGCCUCACCAGGGCAACAAGCCUCUCCAGUUAUUCGUCAAGGAAGACGCCUGCAUGCGCCAGUAUCUUCAAGACCUUCGAUCCCUCGGUAAGGAGCUGGAAGAGUCUGGAGUUCUCAGUGAAUCGGUUCGGUCGAGGAAAGAUUUUUGGGGCUUGCAUAUGCCGUUGGUUUGUCCAGAUGGUGCUGUGGUUGCGUAUGCGUGGAAACGACAGCUUGCGGGACAAGCUGGUGCUUCUGCCGUUGACAGGACUAGGUUAGCUCUAAAAGCCUUCACUGAUCAGAAAAGGCGUUUUUUCCCCCAUCUUGAUGAUGGACUUGAAGGUAGUGAAUCAGCUUCAAAGAAACGUUGUGGAUCUGAAGAAAUUGCUGUGGAUCCCAAGGAAGAAAUUAGUUUUCUGAAGACACUACCGGAUGUUCUAAAGUCAUUGGAGAAGGAAGUGCCAAAUCUGAAAAUUUUAACUUUUGAACGAUUGGACUGGUUAAAAAGAGCUGUCACACUUACCUCAUCAACAAAUGAGAGUUUUCUGGAACAUAACUAUCAUGGUUCUGGUAAGCUAAGACUAGGAUCAGUGGGAACAGUUGCUGCAGAGAAGGUUGCAGUGAUAGAAUUGUUAGUCCCAUCUGUCUUCAGAGCUGUUAUAUCCUUUCAUCAUGCUGGUUCCAUGGAUCCAGAUGCUGUAGCUUUCUUUUCUCCAGAUGAGAGCGGAAGCUACGUGCAUGCAAGGGGUUUUUCUGUUCAUCAUGUGUUUAAACAUAUCACGGAGUAUGCAGCGACAGCUCUGCAGUAUUUUCUUGGGAACCAAACUGAAACGUGUCUGUAUUCUCUUUUGCACUGGAUUUGCAGCUACGAGACUCUGUUUUCAAAAUCAUGCAGGUUCAUUUUGCAGCUUCUAGAACUUUAGAUUUUCUUAUCCUUUGGUCAAAUUACUAAACUCAAUUUGUUGGUGGUGCAGCAAAGGUUC